GUUUCAGAACUGCUAUGCAGUCCUACUAAUGUCAAGCACAGGGAGUGCAUUCAUUUCUAUGUCUUAGCUUCCUCCUCCUCAUUCACACUGUCCUCCUCUUCUCCGUCGUAGCCAACUACCAGCAUCUUCAUCACCACCGCUACUACCGGCUUUAGCAUACAAGUUGUCCAUAAACGGUGGACUACCUAUAUAUCCCACUUGCACACACAACUACUAGUACCAUAGUGGAGACAACAACUGUCUUAUCUCUGCCUUGGUUAUUGGUAUCUGUGGAUUUGCAUAGAUUCCACCUCCGCAGCCUGCUUGGUAUCUAUUGAUUGCAGAUUGUUGACAUGCUCAGACUGGUAGAACUGGCGAUGGAUGGCUACUGUAGUUAAUUCUGUUCUUCACCUUCAUGUAAGUUUUCACUUUUCGAAGAUGCUCACACGAAGAGGAAUUGUUUUGAUCUUGCUCUAAUUCUCUACCAAAGAACAUUCUGACUUUGGGGACCUUUGAAACGAGAAGGUAAAACAGUCAAAUUACCUAUUAAAUCUACAUGGUAAUCAUCACAGAGAACGCCUUUUGAGUGUUUUGCCUGCUUAAGAAUCUUACAAAGAGAAAGAUCACAAGUUAUCUUUCACUUAAUUUUAGCAACUUCCAGUAAGCACUGUUUUUCUAUAACAAUAAAAGCAAAAGCCAAGUAAGUCGUGAACUUUUCAAGAUUCAUAGCUUAAAUGGAUUACGUAACUUCUCAAAAUGUUUUGUUUUGGAGAUCAUGCCUUGUGAAGAGGAUGGAGGAUUCCAGUGGUGGUAACGAAGCAAAUAGCGGGAUUAAAUACCCACCUCCCGCCGCGGUAUCCUCCAGCAGUGCUCGGCCAUAUCGUUGUGAACUGUGCCAGCGCUCGUUCCGCGAGGUGGCAACACUGCGAAAGCAUGAACAGCUCCAUCGUGCGGAUCGCCCGUACGUUUGCCAAACAUGUGGAAAGUCGUUCCUGUGGUCAUCUAAUCUCAAGGUGCACGAGAGGGUGCAUACUGGUGAGAGACCUUACAAAUGUAAGAUUUGUCACAGAUGCUUUACACAGAGCAACGAUCUACGCCGUCACGAGCGUAAUGUACACAUGCGGGGUAAACUUUAUGGAUACCGAAAUCCAGCACGACCAACUCCCCAGGUCAACUUGGCUGCCUACCAGGCUUUUGCCAUGCAACAGAGAGCUUUGCUGCAACAAGCAUUGACUUAUGAGACUCUUAUGCACAACACAACGACAACAACCUCAGGACCAGCAGUUCCAUCAAAUUUAACACUCCAUGAUCAGUCACAGCAACAAGCUGGACUGCUACAAGGUAAGCCACCGCCUCAACAACUUGAAAGGUCAUCACAGCAACCGCACCAAAGAGAUAUGCAAAAUGAACAGCAACAGCACCUUCAGGCUAUUUCUUCUCUGAGUUCAAUUAAACUGGAACAAGUGACUCCACCAACGACACCAUCUGAAAUGGAAGACCAGCAACAUGGGGUUCACAAAAGCAUGGCCACUAGUAGCGGCAAUUGUCAUACUGCAGAAACAACGACUUAUGUUCAUACGAGUACACCUCCAAGCUUGUACACAAUUGCCAUGCCAUCACGUAGCGUUAUCCAUUCUCCACCAUCAUUGACUUCGGUGGCUGAUAUGAGCUCUUCAGAACUUCUAAGAACAUCAUCAGCAGAGAGUCAGAAAGAUAAAGAAAAGCAAUACCCCUCUACCUCAUCUGCAUCACAAAUCCUAUCGCCCUCAAACACUCCAUUAACAGAUCUACCUCAGUCUGCCCAGAUGGCACCACCUUUGUCAACUUUGACCCGUACAUCUGAGGACAGCGUUAUGGACUUGAGCAUGAACAAGUCUACUGCAACUGUUUCAACUGCAAGCAUGGUAUGCGAAACGGCUACAUCCGAGCAUUAUCGAUGGAAGAGAGGUAGCUUUAUCCAAACGUCUAAAACUCCAAGCUUAGAUUCAGAAUCUGAGGAAAAACGUGAUGUGACAACUACCUCAGCUACCCCAACUACGGAUGUUGGCUUCCAUCAGUGUUUCCACUGCGGGAUUUACUUUCAUGACUACACAAUGUUCCACCUCCAUCAGAGCCUGCACUCACCGAUUGACGAAGAUCCGUUUCGAUGUCCGUCCUGUAACAAGCACUGCCAAGACCGAAUUGAGUUCACGUUCCACAUUGUUUGGCAUGUCAAGUACCCUCACACUAUACCAAAUUAUCAACCUUUCAAGGAAAGCUACCUGUGUUGACUAUAUGAUCACAGAAGCCCUCUAUUCUCUCAGGUGACCUACUACCUCAGUAAUGGCUGAUUCCUGGAGGAGUUGUCAGAACAUUCUCAGUGGCGACAUCACAUGAGCACUGAUUAGCAGCUGUUGAUUAGUGCCCAUAGGCAGGUUUUUAUUAUUGCCGUCACUAAUGGACUUUUAAGCAUCUUGUUAAUCAGGUUAUUCUUUGCCAUUGAUGUGCAAUGUUUAUAUCUUUGUUCUUAUUUUUUUUUUAAUGUGUAUUUUAAUUUAUUAACUUAUUUUUUAUUGUCCCCCACCCCAUUUCUCUCUGAAUUAAUUAUACCCAUGAUGGGCUUCAUAUCAAACAAAGAAAAUUAUUAAAUAGUAUUUCAGUGAGUUAAUUUGCUAUUUGUGUGGGUCAAAAUGAUGAAAUCUAAAUAAUAAAUGACAAUAAAAUUGUCAUUUAUUCCAACACACACUGGCUGAUCCAUAUACGUAAAUAAAUAAUUGAAACACUUUUGUAGAAACAUUAGAUCUUGAGCUAAUAGGAGAUGGCCGACACAGUAGAGCGCCGGACUAAAUGCUUCACAGCAUUUAGUUUCGUCCCUCUCCUUUCCAUGUUUACAACACAUCAAGUCAACUUGGCCUUUCGUGCUAGCCAUCGAAGGCCGAUGAAAUGAGUACUGGUGUUAUAAUAGGCUCGAUUAUACUGUACUUCUCCCCGACAAAAAUAAUGGCUCUGUGCCUAAUCAAAGAAAAUCGAUAUUCAGCCAAAAUUUUCAAUAUCAACUAAUAUUGAGUUCCCCCCCCCAUCCCACCCCUCUAUUUCCUAUCAUUCUGACAUCUCACUCACACAGUGAUGAUACAACCUAUCUCUUGUCUGUUAACAUACAGUAUGUGUUUAUUUACAUACGUGUGUGUGUGUG